AAUUCAAAGAAAAAUUGUAAACAUGUUGACUCCCCAAGAGGCUUCCUUGCCAGCGCCAACUGCCUUCAUUUUUCUUCUUCUCUUCUUCUCCUCUUCUCUUUCUCUGUUUUCUCCCUCCGUAUGUCUCUGAUUCUGCCUUUUCGUCUUCUCUGAGAACCUCGGGCCGCCCUUUGAUCCACCGGAGAUGGGACUUGCAUGGAGGCAGCUCCAGGUUAUGCUCCGCAAGAACUGGCUUCUCAAAAUUCGCCACCCGUUCAUCACUUCCGCAGAGAUUUUACUUCCGACUGUGGUGAUGUUGUUACUCAUAGCUGUAAGGACGCAAGUUGAUAACACAGUCCAUCCUCCGCAACCGCAUAUAGAGAAAGGAAUGUUUGUAGAAGUUGGCAAAGGUAUAUCCCCGAGUUUCCAAGAAGUUCUGGAGUCACUGAAGAAACAUGGAGAAUAUUUGGCUUUUGCACCAGAUACAGUCGAGACAAAGACCAUGCUACAUUUGAUGUCAAUAAAAUUUCCUCUUUUAAAGGUAGUUACUAGAGUUUACAAAGAUGAACAAGAGCUGGAAACCUACAUUCGUUCUGAUCUAUAUGGAAACUGCAAUUUAGCUAAGAACAUGAACUGUUCAAAUCCCAAAAUUAAAGGAGCCGUGGUAUUCCAUGAGCAAGGUCCAAAGUUAUUUGAUUAUAGCAUUCGUCUGAAUCAUACUUGGGCUUUCUCAGGAUUUCCUAAUGUUAGAUCCAUCAUGGACAUGAAUGGUCCGUAUCUCAAUGACUUGGAACUGGGUGUAACUAAUAUACCAACAAUGCAAUAUAGCUUCAGUGGAUUUUUAACUCUCCAGCAAGUCAUGGAUUCAUUCAUAAUAUUUGCUUCCCAGGAAAUGGAAACUAAUAGUCUCCAUGUAAACAAUAAACAUACUUUAUCAAACUCUUCUACUAGACCCUCAUUGCCAAACAUGUCAUGGACACAAUUUAGCCCUUCAAAAGUACGAAUUUCCCCUUUUCCAACUCGGGAGUAUGUUGAUGAUGAAUUCCAGUCUAUUGUCAAGAAAGUUAUGGGUGUGCUGUAUCUGUUGGGAUUUCUUUACCCCAUUUCUCGCCUCAUCAGCUAUUAUGCAUUUGAGAAGGAAGAGAAGAUCAAAGAAGGCCUCUACAUGAUGGGUUUGAAAGAUGGGAUAUUCCAUCUCUCUUGGUUUAUUUCAUAUGCUGUGCAGUUUUCAGUAUCGGCUGGAAUUAUCACUUUCUGCACUAUGCAUAACCUUUUCAAGUACAGUGAUAAGACAGUGGUCUUCAUCUACUUCUUUUUAUUUGGAUUAAGUGCAAUCAUGUUUUCAUUUUUGAUCUCUACAUUCUUCAAACGAGCGAAAACUGCUGUGGCAGUGGGAACACUUUCUUUUCUGGGUGCCUAUUUUCCUUACUAUACCGUAAAUGAUGAAACUGUGUCCAUGAUAGUGAAGACAACUGCUUCAUUGUUUUCACCAACUGCUUUUGCUCUAGGGUCUAUUAACUUUGCGGAUUAUGAACGUGCUCGUGUUGGACUUCGAUGGAGCAACCUAUGGAGGGCAUCCUCUGGAGUAAACUUUUUGGUGUGUCUUUUAAUGAUGUUCUUCGACGCGCUUCUGUAUUGUGCAAUUGGUCUUUACAUGGAUAAGAUUCUUUCAAGGGAAAAUGGGUUUGGUUAUUCAUGGAGCUGCCUUCUCGGCAAUUUCUUCUCAAUGAAAAGGAGUAUUAUCAAAGAUCAGACUCCCAUAGAGUGUAAAAUUGCUGAUGCAGAAAUUGCUAAUGCGUCUAGAAAUAAUGCCUUUGAUCCUGUAGUUGAGGCUAUUAGUUUGGACAUGAAGCAACAAGAGCUCGAUAGCAGAUGCAUCCAGAUAAGAAAUCUUCAUAAGGUUUAUGACACAAAGAUGGGGAAAUUUUGUGCUGUCGACUCUCUCCAACUCACCCUCUAUGAAAAUCAGAUUCUAGCACUUUUAGGGCAUAAUGGAGCUGGGAAAAGUACGACAAUAUCCAUGCUUGUAGGUCUCUUUCCUCCUACUGCUGGGGAUGCUCUGGUGCUUGGCAAGAAUAUCAUUACAGAUAUGGAAGAGAUACGGAAAGGGUUGGGUGUGUGCCCACAAAAUGAUAUUCUGUUCCCAGAGUUGACUGUACAAGAACAUUUGGAAAUAUUUGCCACAUUGAAAGGAGUGAAAGAAGACUUUUUGGAAAGGACCGUUGUUGAUAUGGUUAAUGAAGUUGGCCUGGCUGAUAAAAUUAACACUCCUGUGAAUUCUCUUUCUGGCGGAAUGAAGAGGAAACUGUCCCUAGGAAUUGCAUUGAUAGGGAACAGCAAGGUUAUCGUGCUUGAUGAGCCCACAAGUGGAAUGGAUCCAUACUCUAUGCGAUUGACAUGGCAAUUAAUUAAAAAGAUAAAAAAAGGUAGGAUCAUAUUGCUGACAACACACUCAAUGGAUGAAGCUGAUGAACUGGGAGAUCGGAUAGCCAUUAUGGCUAAUGGAUCUCUGAAAUGUUGUGGAAGUUCUCUUUUCUUAAAGCAUCAGUAUGGAGUCGGUUAUACUCUUACUUUAGUGAAGUCUGCACCCACUGUCUCCGUUGCUGCAGAUAUCAUCUAUCGUCACAUUCCAUCAGCAGUAUGUGUGAGUGAGGUUGGGACCGAGAUCUCCUUUAAGCUUCCUAUAUCAUCCGCUUCAUCAUUUGAGAGCAUGUUUAGGGAAAUUGAAAGUUACAUGCGCAGAUCAGUUUCUAACUCCGCAAUUGAUUGUUCUUCAGAGAAUAAACUUUGUUACGAAAAAGACCAUCUUGGAAUUGAUAGUUAUGGUAUAUCUGUUACCACUCUUGAGGAAGUAUUCCUAAGAGUUGCUGGAUGUGAUUUUGACGUUGCACCCAGUGAGCAGAAAAAAAGCUCUCUCCUUAUGAGUUCUGUGGUUUCAGAUAUUUCCGUUCAUCAAGUGCCUAGCAAAGUCUCUGAGUCUCAGCAUUUUGGGAAAUCUGAAAAGUCUGGGUUCUUGGCUCUUGUAGUAAAAAGAGCAUGUGGUUUGAUAUUUUCAACAACUUUCAGUAUUAUUAACUUUCUGAGUUUAGGGGUCCCCGGGUGUGAUAUACUAUGGAGAUCAAAGUUCUGGCAACAUUCAAAAGCAUUAUUUAUUAAGAGGGCCAUAACUGCUCGUAGAGACCGCAGGACAGUUGUAUUCCAACUUUUGAUUCCUGUUGUAUUCUUGUUUUUUGGUCUUCUCUUUCUUAAGCUCAAGCCACAUCCAGACCAGCAGUCAGUGACUUUGACAACUUCAGAAUUUAAUCCAGAAUUAAUUGGUGGUGGUGGUGGUGGUCCAAUUCCUUUUGAUCUGCACUGGCAUAUUUCCAAGCAGGUUGCACAUUAUAUUGAAGGCGGUUGGAUUCAAAAAUAUAAACCUAGUGCUUAUAAGUUCCCUGAUGCUGAAAAAGCAUUAUCCAAUGCAAUAGAAGCAGCAGGGGAAACUCUGGGACCAAUUCUACUAUCCAUGAGUGAAUAUCUGAUGUCUAGCUUCAACGAAUCUUACCAAUCAAGGUAUGGAGCGAUUGUAAUGGAUGAUCAGAAUAGUGAUGGCAGUAUAGGAUAUACUGUACUGCACAAUUGUUCCUGUCAGCAUUCUGCUCCAACCUUUAUCAAUAUUGUGAAUGCCGCAGUUCUAAGGCUGGCUACUGGUGACCAGAAUAUGACUAUUCAAACACGAAAUCACCCUCUCCCCAUGACAAAAAGCCAGCGUUUGCAACGACAUGAUCUGGAUGCUUUUGCUGCUGCUAUCAUAGUUAAUAUAGCAUUCUGUUUUAUUCCUGCAUCAUUUGCUGUCUCUCUCGUGAAGGAACGUGAAACAAAAGCUAAACACCAACAAAUGAUCAGUGGGGUUUCAGUGCUUUCAUACUGGAUAUCGACUUACGUAUGGGACGUUGUCAGUUUCUUGGUUCCUACUGGUUUAGCACUAGUACUCUUUUACAUCUUUGGUAUGGAUCAAUUCAUUGGUAAAGGUAGAUUUCUAGCAACGGCUGUUAUAUUUUUGGAAUAUGGACUGGCCAUUGCAUCGUCAACAUAUUGCCUUACAUUUUUCUUUUGGGACCAUACUGUGGCUCAGAAUGUGGUUCUGUCGGUUCACUUUUUCACUGGACUUAUUCUUAUGGUUAUUUCAUUCAUUAUGGGGCUUAUUGAAACAACAGCAAAAACAAAUUCUUUUCUGAAGAAUUUCUUCAGAAUAUCACCUGGGUUUUGCUUUGCUGAUGGACUUGCCUCGUUGGCUCUUCUUCGGCAGGGGAUGAAAGAUAAAACAAGUGAUGGGGUUUAUAAUUGGAAUGUUACCGGUGCCUCAAUUUGUUAUCUCGGUGUACAGUCCCUGUGUUACUUUCUCUUAACUCUUGGUCUUGAACUGCUGCCUCUCCAAAAAUUGACUGCAAUUGCAGUCAAGGAAUGGUGGAUGAAGCGUUGGAGGAACAAUCUCACAAAUCUUAAAACUGAAACUUCAUCCCCCAGCUUGGAACCUCUUCUUGCGCCUUCUUCAGGGUAUAUUAUUCCCGACCUUGAUCUCGAUGUAGAUGUGGCAGCAGAAAGAAAUAGGGUCCUAUCAGGUUCUAUCGACAAUGCCAUUAUCUACUUGAGUAAUCUUCGGAAGGUAUAUCCUGGAGAAAAUUAUCUCCAUAAGAAAAUUGCAGUGGAUUCUUUAACUUUUUCAGUUCAAGAGGGAGAAUGCUUUGGGUUUUUAGGCACAAAUGGUGCUGGGAAGACAACAACUCUAUCUAUGCUCACUGGAGAAGAAUCUCCCAGUGAGGGAACUGCUUUCAUUUUUGGAAAAGAUAUAAGAACUGAUCCUAAGGCUGCUCGUUGCCAUAUUGGAUAUUGCCCACAGUUUGAUGCUCUAUUAGAGUACCUUACCGCUAAGGAGCACCUAGAACUUUAUGCAAGAAUAAAAGGUGUUCCAGAGUUGAAGAUAGAUGAUGUCGUUAUGGAUAAAUUGGUGGACUUUGACUUGCUGAAGCAUGCCAAUAAACCCUCAUAUUCACUCAGUGGAGGAAACAAACGUAAACUCUCUGUUGCAAUUGCGAUGAUUGGAGAACCUCCUGUCGUUAUUCUUGAUGAGCCAUCCACAGGGAUGGAUCCCAUCGCCAAACGAUUCAUGUGGGAUGUUAUAUCCCGAAUAUCUACAAGACGAGGAAAGACGGCAGUUAUCCUCACCACACACAGCAUGAACGAAGCGCAAGCACUUUGCACUCGUAUUGGGAUAAUGGUUGGAGGACGGCUACGCUGCAUAGGAAGUCCCCAGCAUUUGAAAACACGAUUCGGAAAUCAUCUUGAGCUAGAGGUAUUCAGGCAUACUAAUUUUUUGGAUGUCAUCAAUAGUUUGAUUUUGUUCAUCUUUCUACAGGUCAAACCUCAUGAAAUCAACUUAGAGGACCUGUAUAACUUUUGUCAACAUAUUCGUGAGGGGUUUUUUGAUUUUCCUUCACACCCGAGAAGCUUAUUGAAUGACAUUGAAGUUUGUAUCGGAGCUAUUGAGCCCGUCACACCAGAAAACCAAUCAGUGACAGAGAUUAGCUUGUCUAGGCAAAUGUUAACCAUAAUUGGACGUUGGCUUGGAAAUGAAGAAAGGAUAAAAACACUUGUAUCCUCCCCGUCUACUGCUCCUGGAGUUUUUGGUGAACAAUUGACAGAGCAAUUGUUUCGAGAUGGCAGCAUACCGUUACCUAUAUUUUCUGAGUGGUGGUUAGCGACAGAGAAGUUCUCGGAGAUCAAUUCGUUUAUUCUCUCUUCAUUUUCCGGUGCAACAUUCCAUGGGUGUAAUGGAUUGAGUAUGAAAUAUCAGUUGCCUUAUGGGGAGGACGGCCUCUCACUUGCAGAUGCUUUUGGACACAUAGAGAGAAACAGAAAACAGCUUGGAAUUGCCGAAUACAGUCUUAGCCAAUCGACGUUAGAAACAAUUUUUAAUCAUUUUGCAUCGAAUCCUUAAACCAAAGUAUAGAUACCACAUCAUACUUACAUAAUGUGCAUAUCCCCUCUCAUUCAACCAAUUUUUCAUGUGCCACAACUUCAGUAAAUAUGAGAGUGUUAUAUAAGAUUGCUUUGGAUGUUUCAGUGUUGACGAUUGUAUUUUAAUGCAAGAAGGUAUGAGGUUCUUAUUGCUUAUAAGUCCAUGCAACAGUGGGAUCACCCAUUUUUUCUUC